UAAAAUAUGAGUUUCCCUUCCCAACCUGGCCAAAAACAAGGCGAUUCUUUACGCCGUGGAGCCACUGUUGCCAGCCAAAAUGUCAUCUCAAGGUCCAGUAUCCAAACUAAUCCUGCCCUAGUCAACAUUGACAGAAGCGGAGGCAACGAAACUCAUGACUACAACUUCUUCGAACUCAAUUAUGAGCACAAAUAAACAUGAAAAAGGAUGCGUCUACACCUGGGGCUCCGGAGAAAUGGGCCAGCUCGGCUACAAUAUCAAGAUCAUCACGAAGAUGCCUAAAGAUCGAGAAGGAUAUCCUUACCAGCCUCAGCCUUAUAAGAUAGAAUCAUUGAAAGACAGAAUAUUCCAGAUUUCAGGCGGCGAUGGUCAUACCGUAGCCAUCGACAUCAAAGGAAAAGUGUACUCGUGGGGCGCCAGUGCCUGAGGACAGCUCGGACUGUCAUCGAUGAAAGACUUGCCAACAGACAUCGAAGGGUACCCUUACCAACCAACUCCAAGAGUUGUGGAGCUACUCUCAGAUGCGAAGAUUGUUCAGAUUUCAUGAGGAGAUGCCCAUACUGUGGCACUGAGUUCGGACGGAAAACUAUACUCGUGGGGUGGUGGAGGUUGAGGUCAGCUUGGCCAUCCCGACACCCAGACAAUGCCCAAGGACGAAGAUGGGUGCCCCUACCAGCCGAAGCCGAAGUGUAUUUCAGCGCUCAGGUCGAUGGUUGUCAAACAGAUUGCUUGCGGUAAAGCUCAUACAGUAGCUGUGCUUGAAAAUGGCCACUUGUAUUCUUGGGGAGCAGGAGCAUGAGGCCAACUUGGACAUCCUGACACUAGCAGUUUUCCGUCUGAUGAAGAUGGCUAUCCAUUCCAGCCAAUACCGAGAUGCGUUUAUGCAUUGAAGAACUUGUUCUUGGUGCACGCCAGCUGUGGAGAUGUCCACACAAUGGUUCUGACAAACAAAGGUGAAAUUUACUGAUUCGGCGGAGGCUCUUGCGGACAGCUCGGACUCGGCAACAUCUCUUCAUUACCACUCGAUGUAGACUCAUGUCCAUUCAUGCCAGUACCUCAGAAGAUUGAUUCUCUUGCUAAAGAGUUCAUUAUCAAGUUGUCUUGUGGAGACUCCCACUCAAUGGCUCUGACCAGAGAAGGAGCAGUCUACGCAUGGGGAGAAGCCACAUGUGGACAGCUCGGCUUUGAGGACCUCAAGAACUUGCCGAGAAAUGCAGAUGGCCGAGUCUACCAGCCGAUUCCUCAGAAGGUGGUAGCUUUAGACAAAAAGAAGAUUGUAGAAAUUUCGUGUGGAGAAGCUCACUCGCUAGUACUCACUGACAAAGGACAUGUCUUCGGUAUUGGUGCCAACAGUUGUGGGCAACUUGGCCAGUGAUAUUCUGAGAUGAAGGCCUCUGAAGCAGAAGAGAUCUUCCUUGCUAAAUCUACAGACAUUACAUCUCAGUCUUUCGGGACUUACUUAGAAACUUCAUCAGUCCAGUCUCAAGAAAACAGCAGAGACUCCAAACAAAACGACGAAGGCUCUGACAAUGAUAAUCGAAGCGACCAAGAAAAGUAUGAUCCUAGCGGGUCUGAUGAAGAAACCAUCAAGAUGAUUGAAGGCUCGAUGCCAGGAAACCUCAUGCCUCAAAUGAACAUUUUUGAAGAAAAACAGAAAGAAAGCGUCUCUUUGACUCCCAAACUCAUCAAGUCUCUGAUGCAUCGCAAAGUCAUCAAGAUAUCAUCAGGCGGUGUCCACAACAUUUGCAUAGUCGAGCCUUACCCGAAUCACUUGUCAGGCACUCUUUACAGUUGCUUGAUGAAGAGCAAGUUCACUGAUGUCACUUUCAUCAUCCGUGAGAAGCACUCCAGCUUUGCUUCAACUCAAGAAGACGAAAAGCAAGCUGACACUGAAGAAGCCAAAUCUGAGUUCCAAAUUCUGAGAGGCAAGUCCAAGCUCAGAAAAGGCUACACCGAGUACAAAGUGUCAGCUCACAAGUUCGUGCUUGCUUCGAGGUCUGCAGUGUUCAGUGACAUGUUCAAGAAGAACACUACUAAGAACAUUCUGAUCGAAAAGAAAGACUCUGGACUUUCCGGAGACUCUAGCUCAGAUGUCAUUGUGAUCAAAGAUACAACAUUCAAAGCAUUCAAAGUGUUAUUGGACUACAUUUAUUUAGACAAUCUCAGUCUGUUGGACGACAUUAACGGAUGAUCAGAACUGACAGAAAUUCUGAAACUCGCAAAGCUUUAUCACUUGAAUGAUUUACUAGACAAGUGAGAACGACAAUUUUUGUCAUUAUCAUCGCUGCAGCUUUUGAGAAACCUUAUCACAAACUCAUUCAACAGCACCAGUCUUAAAAGGAGUAAAGACAAGAAGGCAAUUGGAGCCAGAGGUUUCCCAUCAGAAGCCAACUUCAUUGAGUCAGACUUAGCAAGACCCGGAGCCACAGACUCGUUCGAGUCAAGGCCAAUUUCAGCCGACAACCAAGAGUCUGAAACAACGUUCCCGCGAUCAUCGAUGUCCAAACGCCAGUCGAAGCAGAAGAACGAGAACCUUGACGGAGUCAUGUUCCUCGCCGAUGGUAAAGUCUUGAUUGUGAACAACGACCUGUACCAAGAAGUCAUGAAGAAGGCUAUCAUCAUUGACCUCAAAGAUAAAGGAGACUCCAAAAACGCCUCCAACUCAUCGUCUGAAGAAGAAGCCAAAGAAGCGCCUCCCGUCCUGACUUCGAAGUAUGACAACUCUCGAAGCGUGACUCAAGGCAAGAAAAACAAGAAGGCAGGCCAAUCAUACAGAAGGCUUGGUGAAGAGUCUGUUGUUGAUGUGGCCGACAUGAAGCAGCCGGAGAACGUGCCAUUGCAGAAAGACAUCUUGAAGAUGCUUGACAACAAAGACUACUCUGACAUCACCCUGGUCGUCGAUGGGAGAGAGAUCUUCGCUCACAAGGCAGUUAUGUGUUCGAGGUCGAAUUAUUUCCAGGGAAUGUUUAGCCAUGAAUUUAAAGAGUCUGAGAAAAAUAAAAUUACACUGAAAGGUGUCCAUUCCUAUGAACUAUUCUACAACCUGCUAGAAUUCAUGUACAGUGAUUGUGUCAAAAUCAAUAUCAGAAACGUAUUUGACAUGCUUAGUUUAGCUGAUGAAUAUGGUGUAAACUCAUAUAAGGAUAAAUGUGAGGUCCUCCUCUCAAAAUAUAUUACUAUCACUACUGUCUGAGUGAUAUUCAAAUAUGCAAAUGAGUUCAACUGUGACAGGCUUAAAGAAACAUGUUUAGUGUAUAUGGAAGAGAACUAUGACGAAGUAAUCUACAGUUCCGGAUUCGAGGAGCUGGAGAAAGAUGAAAUGCUCAAAAUCAUCAGACUCUGCAAGGAUAAGAAGUCUGUCCUAGCUAUGAAAUAAAUUCUCUAUAUUCAAUCUUGAGGUUCUUA